AUGAGAAUAAAUCGCGCCAACCUUGUGCGCACAAUAAUAUACGGGACCUCAGCUGUCCGAAUAUCUGAGCCUGGAGUGGAUGCAACGCACAGGUGGAAAGUAUACAUCAGAGGAUAUAAAAACACAGAUAUAAGCUAUUUCAUUAGAAGUGUUACAUUCAAGACACACGAAACAUUUGCAAACCCAACACGGACUGUAGAUACUCCGCCCUUUGAAAUUGAAGAGUGUGGGUGGGGAGAGUUUACAAUAGCGGCAAAAAUAUAUUUUGUAGAUACACAUGAAAAGCCUCUUAUGUUUUCGAUCUCGCUCAAGCUUCAUGCCGACGUAAACAACAGAGUGAUCGGAGACAUUCCGUAUGAGGCAAAUGCAAUUAUAAAUGAAAGACUAGACACAAUUGUAUUUGAAAGCCCCACGGAGGCACUGUAUAAAAUAAUAAAAGAACGAGAAGACCCAGAACUAGACCCAGAUGUUCAAGAAAUAGUUGAUGAUGAAAGAAAUAGAAUAGAGAGGGCAAUCGACUAUCUAAUAGAAAAAUUAAGCGAAGACUCCUCACCAUAAUCCAUA